ACAAUGAGAGCGAGCAGGUGUGAGUGGUGACGUCACUGGCCGCCCUGCAUAAAAGCCGCAACGAGAGGGGGCAGCAGUGGUUGUUGAAGCUGCAGACGUCUUUUUCAGAUUCCUCUUGCGUACUGACUCGACCGUGCAUUUCUUGGGAAGAUGAGCGACCUCCAUGCAGCCACCCUGAAGCUCCUGGCCACCUUCAAUGAACUCGCCUGCGACAGUGCUGUUAAAGAUUGUCUGAAGAAGGAAACGUUCAGGAGCUUCCUAAAGGGGGAUAAGGGCAAGAGUCUGAUCCAGAAUCCCGUGGAUGGGUUCGUGGUGAGCCACAUCCUGAGGGACCUUGGUGAUGACAAAGAUGGGAACGUCGACUUCCUCGAGUUCGUGGUCACGAUCGCGGCCUUGAAAUUCUGCUGCCACCCCAACUUCCGAGCGCACCACGAGCGGAAUGGCCGGACCCACGCGCUGCGCGCAUUCCAAGUGUAACGCGCCUGUUGCAUGAUACGGAUACUAUGAAAUAAACCGUGUGAUCACAUCAA